AUGUUGGGCCGUCUGUUGAGCAGUGCGGCAUCAACAUUGAACCCUGCUGCGUACUCGAAUAGAAACGCUACCCAGCUGGAAUCCGUGACUGAAGAAGAACACACAUCUGGCCUCCUUUUCCCGGAUGCGAGCCUGCUACGACGGUCGAAUACCCAUGCCUAUCCGUUACAUAGCACAUUCAAUUCGCCGAACGCGUAUGCUGCCGGUGCCUACGACGAUCGAGGUGGCGUGGAACUAGAUCCCGUCAAGGACUUCCGGGUGAUAAUUGCACAGAACGCGCUUGGCGACAGGGAUGCGUGUGUGUUGUUAGAUACUCGAACGAACUCGUCUGACGUGACGUCAAGCCCUCACGAUUCAGAACCGUACGUGCUCGACAAUUCUGGGACGAGACAUGUUCGCACACUUUCCAGUCUCUCGCGGGCUCCUCGGCGCGGAUAUCCCCCUCCUUCGUCGGCCGCUGAUUCGAGCCCGUUUUCUGUCGCUGCGGAAUCCCGCAGAUCGCCGCCCAUGAGUUCUGGUGCUUUUGCCCGCGCUCGCGGCCGCAGCUCUACAUUGUCGCCUGCAGGUGGGGUGAAUGAAGCCGGCCGCUCACGUCAUUCGGCCGAGAACAAUGACUCUGGUCUGUUGAACUGCAUUUUUGGCAGCAGUGCGUUCAGCUAUCGGGGCUCUUCGACCAAGAUGCAUAUCAUUUCUGCAGAUGAGGAUUCAGGUAGAACUUCAAGCGAAUCGCCAGCAACCCGUAACUCGCUCUCACGCGCGUAUACAACGGGAAGUUCCUCUGGUUUCAUGGGUGCAUCGCGGGGCUCCGAACCCAAGCCUCCAUCCAAAGUCACCAUUCUACUGACGCGGAUGUUCAGUGUCAACUUGCCGGAGGCAGGUGACACGUCUGAUCGGCCCGACCACCCGACUUCCAUGUACCAAGAGUCGCUACCGGAAAACGGGUUCCCAUUCCCCGAUGUUACCAAGCGUAAAAAGAUCAAGGAGAAGAAAACUCCGAUGUAUGCGGUGGCGAUUACAAUCCAAAUUCCGCUCCUCUCUCGUAAUACAGGACGGCCCGGUUCACGCUUCAGUACGCAAGCCACCGACUCACCCAAGGCGCGGAUGUCGUGCUCGUUGGACUCAGACCAUCGCUGGCGCGGCGGCUUCCUGGAUGAUAGCCUGUCGCUUGCAUCUCCUCCGGCAAGCUUGGAUGAGCGGAUUGAUCUGUUGGUGGAUCACUGGGAUGUGAUCAACCGUACCCUGUCACAUUUGGAGCGACUUUCUCGGAAGGAAAUACUGUUUCUGUUGAAGAAAGUGGACUCAUUGGGAGCGAAUCCGAAGCCUGCAAAGCCUCCAAACAUGCAACGUACGAACCAGACGAUUGUGCAUCUGCCGGCGAACAUACUGGCCGUGAAUUCGAAGUUGAAGGACGAGGCUUUCCGCAGUGCCCGUCGUAUUAGCGUUGCUCUUCAAACUCCGCACGUCGUGACUGGCCAGAGUCGCUGGGGUGUUUGGCGUGAAGAGGGACGCUCAAUUGUGCGCAAUCUUGGGGACAAAGAGCAUAGCUUUUUCUUCUUAGUGCUGAUCACUGCGUUUUUGGGAAACCAUACAGAAUGGCUGAGUACACUGGGCCCCGACUGGUACCGCCGGCGACAUUAUCUCCAGCAAAAGGCUCAACAGGACGCAGACCCUGUCCUUGCUCACAGAACUGUUAUCAUUUCGCCUGACAAGAUGACGGCCCGGCGGCUUAUAUUCUUACUAUCGGCUUUCCUUCCGGCCAAGCAACGCUUUGAGCCACUUCCGUCGCCGCUUCGCCCAGGGACCUCGGCGUCAGCACGGGCCGUUUCGCAAAGUCCACCGACCGUGCCCGUCCUGAGACAGGAGCCUUUGCGCAGGGCCAUUGAGCGGCGAUCACGUGCACAGCGUUUGGCCGAUAGUGACAAUCACCAGAGGUCUGUUAGUGCCUCUUCUAAUGAGACAGCCCAUCGAUCGGCGGACGACGUCGACACGUCGGCUCCUGAGCUUGCUCCGCAUCGCAGAGGCUCUGAUGCUCGCUCCAUUCGGACAUUGGGUGUUCCCAUGCAUAGAGACCCACGCAAUAAAAACACCUGUGUAGCGACAACCUCCACGGCAACUCCCAGCAGCGCUGUUCCUGUUCCCCAUUUUGCGUCGCGGCAGACUCGGCGUGACCGAGAGGAUCCAGACCCAGCUGCGCCGGGCGUCAAUGACAGCCUGGCGUCGGAAAAUCUGCUACGUAACUUGCAAAGAAGCGAGAGUUCAGCCGUCAGUGCUAACAGCAGUGUCCCUUCCAACGGUGGCCGAUGGGGAAAUAUCUUUUCCGGUUUGUGGAUCUCGCGCCAUGAGUCGUCCACAGCCGAAGGCAAUCCCACCGUCCCAGUUGCGGAACCUCGAAAGCGUUCGGUGUCUGCUUAUGUCGGCCCCUCUAAGCGAAGCCCUCCAACGCUGAGUCAGAUGGUGAAAGAAGUUUCGGGCGAGACACCCGGAGAAGUCUCAGAGACUACCACGAGUGGCACUAUCUCGAUUCCUCGAUCCUCAAGUCAGCAAGGGCCGGAAGAAAAUACUCCAGAGCCGUCGUCCGUGCCGGAGCAGAACAGAGAAUCUUCCUUGAAACUGUCUGUGCGGGGUGAUGAUGGAAUCGUGGACGUGGAACUUCCGCUUCCCGGGUUUCUUUCCCUUUCGUCGUCAGGCGAUUCGACCAUAGCGUCCCCGAAGAAGACACGAACGUCGGUCACCAGUGUUGAUGCUCUAGCGUCCACACACAGCAGCAAUUCCGGAUUUCACUGUGGCGGCCCCAGGGACAACGACGGACCUAGCGUGAAUGUUGCUGGAUGGCUGAAGAAUUUCCACGAGGACUUUUUGCUUCAGGGCGUGCGACCUUCUGCCAGCGUAGAAGCCGACAUCAAGCGCGCAAUGCAAGCCGAGCCUACACCUAGUUCCGCGUUUUCCUUUGAACCUGAAGGACAAGGAAAGUGGGUGGACGUCGCAACAACCUUGAUUGCAGAUACCAGGAACUUCACAGUUAAGCGGCUUCGUCUGAGGCGUAAAGUUGUCGGGAAUGGCUCUUGCAGGAGUCCAUCUACACCUGGAGCUGCCUCUCAACCGGGGACCCCCCGCCAUCUGUUUGGUCAUCCCACAUCUGCGUCACAGCUUACAAGCUUUUUCUCUAACGCGCCCGCUUCGAGCGGGGCGUCUGCGAACUCUGUGGCAGAAGCCUUUGAUGCCCCUGAAUACGAAGAGCGAUUUGUUGAGGAGCCUGUCAUGGAUUUGGAUGGUACACUUGUUGAUGCGCUCGAGCGUGUUCUCGCACAGAGUGGUCAGUCAUCGUUGGCGCACUCGAGAGCCCAGUCGCCGUCGCGUGGUCGGAGGGGCGAAGAUAAAAACACUUCUGAUACUGUCUCUCGAGAUGAGGUUCCAUCUAUUGAGGUUCCCCGUGCGGAGUGCCGCAAGAUGGUGCUUGGUGCUCUCGAAGAAGUGGUCCGCAGUGUGACAGCCGAGCAUUGCCGCGAGGACGUCGACGGGGAAGUCGGCCUUGCUGAUAGAGAGCGCAGACGCUCGUUGGCAGGGGCGGACAAUACCCUGAGAGAAGGUAUUCGCAAGUGGCUACUUGAAGUUGAGGAGGCUUGGUGA